UCCACCCCUCUCCUGCUGAGUCGAGUCGCCAGGCCCGGAGGGGAGACUCGUGGGGUGUGGAGCAAUGCUGCCCCGGAGCAGCACAGUCGCAGCCGUGGCGCGGGUGUUCCUCUUGGUGGUGAUGGUAGAAGUUAAUGCUCUGGACCCUGGUCAUCAGGAACUCCCACCCCUUCAAAGGAGCCCCAGGACCUCCCCAGGGCUGAGCCCAACGUUCAACCAGAGUCCCCUUUCUCAGAAAUCCCAGCUUUGCUCAAGUCCCCGAUAUUUUUGGGACAAGUCAAGUAGACAGUGCUGUAGGAGCUGCCCAGCAGGGCAUUUCCUGGAAGCUGCCUGCACUGAGCCCCAAGGCCCUUCCUCCUGUCAACCCUGCCAUCAGGACACCUUCCUGUCUAAGGAGGACCAUAAGUCAAUGCAGUGUGCCCGAUGUCGACUCUGUGAUGAGGAUGGCCCUGCCUAUCAGGUUGUUGUCCGGAACUGCUCCUCGGUGGCCAACACCCAGUGUGGCUGUGCUCCUGGCUGGUUCCCUGAGUGCUCUGUAAACCCCUGCAGGACUGAUUCACCUUUCCUCUGCAUUCAAUGCCAGAACUGUGAGAGUCUGCACCGACAUACAUUGGUCCCUUGUUCUGGAGAAGACUCUGUUUGUGGGAGCUGUUUGCCAGGCUUCUGUCAGGACCAGAAGAACAGUUGUGUUUCUGCACCCUGCUCCAUAACUGAGAGUGAAAAGGAACUGUCCACAGUGAUCAACCCAAGGACCACUCCUAGCCAGCCUGCAGGUAACCACUGGGGGAAUGAUUCCGGGAGCCAUUCAGAGAUCUGCUCUGGGAUCUCUAGCUCCAAGAAGGGGGUUUGGCUCCAGUACUUCUUGGCGGCGCCAACGUUGCUAACAGUUCUGCUCUUGCUAGGAGGGGGCCUGUUCUACAGCUACCGGAAAUGCUGGGUCCUAAAACCCCAGUCUCAUUAUGAAACGGAAAUGGAGGCCUUGAAACGCCAUUGGGUAGUCAACCCUUCACCUGUAGGCAGACCUUCCCUGCCUCUGAAUAGAUACAAUGAGAUGUGUGCCCUACCGCUUGUGGGGAACUGUGGUCCUAGCAGUCCUCCACUGGCCCGGGAAGUCGCGGGCCCAGAAAAUGCAUGGCCUGUGCUCUGGGGUCAACCGCCCAGCAGAGGGAAUGGUCCUGAGGCCGGCACUCUCCAGCCCGGCCCACAGCUGUACGAGGUGAUGGACGCGGUGCCCGCGCGGCGCUGGAAGGAGUUCGUGCGAACCCUGGGACUUCGGGAGGCGGAGAUCGAGGCAGUAGAGGCGGAGAUUGGCCGCUUUCGCGACCAGCAAUAUGAGAUGCUCAAGCGCUGGCGCCAGCAGCAGCCCGCAGGGCUGGGCGCAGUAUACGCCGCCCUGGAGCGCAUGGGACUGGAAGGCUGCGCCGAAGAUCUGCGCAGCCGACUGCAGCGGGGACCGUGACCGUGACCGUGACCGUAACCGUGGUGGAGAAGAGACUGUCGUCUUCUUGGUGCCCUGCCUCUCUCCUUCUCUGCAGCCCGCCGGCCGCGGAAAAAAAGGCGGCUCAGGCCCCUGAGGUGGUGGCCGCCCGAAGCCCUAAGUAUGGUUACUUAAGUCUGUAGACAUGUUAUGUCACUUACACUGCCCCUGAUUUGGAGCGGCUAUUUCCUCCGCCUCCCCCUACCCCUCCUCCCUCUCAGAACCGAGUUCGGGAGGAUACGCGUGUCUGUGCUAGGACAGAGGGCGUUAACCUUUCUCAGCGCUUGGAGGUUGCUGCUAGUUCAAUAUUAAACUCCAGCAGCAAAUU